AUGUUCGCAUUAAGGAAAAACAUAACAGGGACGCUAUUAAGAUCCACCAGAAUCUCCAUCCCAACAGCUAUGCCAACCACAGCCAGGGGUGGGCCAUUCCUCUUCUCUGGAGCUAUUCGAUCCUUAUUUAUCCAAACCAUGGAAACACCUAAUGAGCAAGCACUUAAAUUCCUUCCUCUGAUCAAUAUCCUACCUGAAAAUGAAACCCGGGAAUUCUUGAAUGGUCGACAAGCGGCAAAUUCCCCACUUGCAGUGAAAUUAUUUUCGAUUGAUGGGGUGAAGGCUAUUAUGUAUGGUUCGAAUUUUAUAACUAUUGAAAAAACGCCAGAAAUUGAUUGGUCAUUACUUAAACCGGAAAUAUUCUCAAUAUUGACUGAAUUUUUGAAUAAUGGGUCGCCUAUACUUGUUGAUGAAGGAAAUAUUUCCAAUGAUGUGGAUAUAAAUGAAGAUGACGAUGAAGUGGUGUCGAUGAUCAAAGAAUUAAUCUUUACAAGAAUCAAACCUGCUAUUCAGGAUGAUGGAGGGGAUAUUGAGUUCGUCAAGUUUGAUGAAGAUAAGGGAACUGUAUUUUUGAGAUUGAAGGGGGCAUGUAGGUCAUGUGAUUCAAGUUCUGUGACAUUGAAGAAUGGAAUUGAGAGCAUGUUAAAGUAUUAUAUUGAAGAAGUUCAAAAUGUGGAAUCGUUUGAUGACGUUGCUGAGGAAGAGAAUGUAGAUGACAUUGUACAUGCAGCAAAACUUGUACCUAAUAGCAGACAUGAAGACGCAGAUGCAGGUGUUGCUCCUCCUGCGUUGUAA